AUCCAUGCAGUCAGUGACAGCAGUGGUGUGUACUUUCAGAACAGAAACAUCAGACUAUCGUAAGCUUUACUUCAAUAUAAACUAUCCCUCUGCAACUUCUUCAUUUUGGUAGACUCGGCUUCACACCAGAAUGGAUCAUCAUGACUGGCAGAGAGGAAGGAGCAGAGGUCACCGUCACUGUGAGGAUGAUGAUGAUUCCCAGCAGCUUUACAUCGGUGUUCCUGUCUCUCAUAGACGCAAAAGGCGCCGACACCACUCCUACACCAGUGACACUGACCGCAGUGCGCGACACAUGCACUACGACCACCACACGCACCGUGAACCCACUCAUCCAGGGUAUUACCACGACAGAGAGGAGGAGCACUAUGAAGAGUACGAGGGCAGCGCGGAGCGUCGCGAGCAUACUGACCCCUCAGUGUCUCCUGCAGCAGAGAGACUGCGCAACAUACUGGGUGAAGAUGACAGCACGCCGACGCCCACCAUUUUCACUGAGAUGGACACGCUCCAGCAAGACGGCGGUGAAUUAGAGUGGAAAGAGUCUGCGAGGUGGGUGAAGUUUGAGGAGAAGGUGGAGGAGGGAGGAGAAAGAUGGAGCAAGCCUCAUGUUUCCACACUGACACUCCACAGCCUGUUUGAGCUCAGGACGUGUCUGCAGACGGGGAGCGUUCUGCUCGACCUGGAAGGCUACUCACUGCCACAGAUAGUGGAUGACAUAGUGGAGCGGCAGAUCACUGAUGGCCUCAUUCCUCCUGACCUGAAGGAAAAGAUCAGUUUCGUGCUGCUGAGGAAACAUCGUCACCAGACCAAGAAACCCAUCCAUCGUUCACUGGCAGACAUCGGGAAGUCCUCCAACUCUACUACCAUUCGUAGUCCUCAGGUUAAUCUGAGUCGUAGCACUAGUUCAGCCUCUGGGAUCCAUCGCUCCACAGAAGACCUACGCUCUCGGCAGGCAAGCAGCCUUGGCCCCCUUUAUUACGCCCAGAGUCGAAGCAUGAACGAUAUUUCAGAUACACCGAGCACAGAUCAGAUGAAGAACAAGUUCAUGAAGAAGAUUCCUCGUGAUGCUGAGGCAUCCAAUGUCCUGAUAGGCGAGGUGGAUUUUCUCGACAAGCCCUUUGUCUCCUUUGUACGUUUGGCUCAAGCCACAACACUGGGAGGCCUCACUGAAGUCCCCGUACCAACCAGGUUUCUCUUCAUCCUCCUGGGUCCUCCUGGUAAGACCAAGUCCUACAAUGAGAUUGGAAGGGCUAUUGCUACGCUCAUGGUGGACGAUCUGUUCAGUGACGUUGCUUACAAAGCACGCGACCGUGACGACUUGAUUGCGGGCGUUGAUGAGUUUCUGGAUGAGGUGAUCGUCCUCCCUCCAGGAGAAUGGGACCCAAAAAUACGCAUUGAACCUCCAAAGAAGGUCCCGUCGGCUGAAAUGAGGAAGUCAGUGCUGAACCUGAAUGAACUGGGUCAGAUGAACGGCUCAGCGGGAGGAGCAGCUGGAGGUGAAGACGAAGAUGUUCCUUUGCCACACGAGCUCGGAGAAGAGUUGAAAUUUACUGGGAGGUUUGGUGGAGGAUUAUGGCUAGACAUUAAAAGGAAGAUCCCAUGGUAUUGCAGUGAUAUCUACGAUGGCUUCCACAUUCAGUCCAUCUCCACUGUGCUCUUCAUCUACCUGGGCUGUAUCACAAAUGCCAUCACCUUUGGAGGACUGCUAGGAGAUGCUACUGACAAUUACCAGGGUGUGAUGGAGAGUUUCCUUGGUACUGCUUUAGCAGGGACUGUCUUUUGUUUGUUUGGUGGACAACCUCUCAUCAUCCUCAGCUCCACUGGACCUAUUCUCAUCUUUGAAAAACUGCUUUAUGAAUUCAGCAAGAGUAAUGGCAUUGACUACAUGGAGCUGCGUCUGUGGAUUGGCCUGCACUCGUGUCUGCAGUGUUUCGUGCUUGUCCUCUCCGACGCCAGCUACAUCAUCAAGUACAUGACUCGCUUCACAGAGGAGGGUUUCUCCAGCCUCAUCUCCUUCAUCUUCAUCUCUGAUGCCAUUAAGAAGAUGGUAGGAGCUUUUAAGUACUACCCCAUUAACCGUGGUUUUAAGCCGGACUAUGUAACAGCCUACAAAUGUGAAUGCCUCCCUCCAGACCAGGCAUCUGCACUGGGCUUCAAUACUUCAGCUCCUCUUGGAGACGACAACAUGACACUGCUGUUCAACUUGACUGACCUGGACUGGAGUCAGAUGAGUAAGAAGGAUUGCGUGAAGUACGGUGGCUCUCUGGUGGGGAACUCCUGUAAGUAUGUUCCUGACCUGGCCCUCAUGUCCUUCAUCCUCUUCUUCGGCACUUACUCCAUGACCGUCUCUUUGAAGAAAUUCAAGUUCAGCCGCUACUUCCCGACAAAGCUGCGCUCCCUGAUCAGUGAUUUUGCCAUCAUCAUCUCCAUCCUGCUCUUCUGUGGGCUGGACUGUCUGUUGGAGCUGAACACCCCCAAACUGCACGUGCCCACUGAGAUCAAGCCCACACGUCCUGAGCGUGGCUGGCUGGUGAUGCCGUUUGGUAAGAACCCCUGGUGGUGGUACCUGGCCAGCUCGGUCCCCGCCCUCCUCGUCACCAUCCUCAUCUUCAUGGACCAGCAGAUCAGCGCCGUCAUCGUCAACCGCAAGGAAAACAAACUGAAGAAAGGUUGUGGUUACCACCUGGACUUAUUCUGGGUCGGCGUGCUCAUGGCCGCCUGCUCCUUCAUGGGUCUGCCAUGGUACGUAGCAGCGACAGUCAUCUCCAUCGCCCACAUCGACUCCCUGAAGAUGGAGAGCGAAAGCAGCGCCCCCGGAGAGCAGCCGCAGUUCCUGGGAGUCAGGGAGCAGAGAUUGACGGGCAUCCUGGUGUUUGUUCUGACUGGACUUUCAGUCUUUCUUGCUCCAGUUCUCCAGUACAUCCCCAUGCCAGUCCUGUAUGGAGUCUUCCUCUACAUGGGAGUGGCUUCACUGAGUGGUAUCCAGUUCUGGGAGCGUAUCAAACUGUACCUCAUGCCGGCCAAACACCAACCAGACUUCUCCUUCCUGCGCCACGUCCCUCUGAGACGCGUCCAUCUUUUCACCCUCGUCCAGAUCGUGUGUCUGGCUGUUUUGUGGAUCCUCAAGUCCACAUUCCUGGCUAUCAUCUUCCCGGUCAUGAUUCUGGGUCUGAUGGUCGUACGGAAGCUGCUGGAUCUGAUGUUCUCGCAGCACGACCUGGCCUGGCUGGACGACAUCCUGCCCGACAAAGACAAGAAGAAGAAGGAGGACGAGAAGAAGAGUAAGAAAGAGAAGAAGGCAGCAGAACCAGAGAGUGACGAGGAGGAGGCGAACCCCUACUCGACAGUCACAUCCGAUCAAAAUGAACUAGACCACAGCAUCACCCUGCACCUGAAGAUCUCCUGCCCCCCCUCGCCUGUCCACUCCCACACGGGCCUCACCACCGACGCCAGCAGCAGCGCCGCUGUGUCACAGCUGCCCCGCCCACCCGUGCCUCAGAUCAGCGUCCAGGUGGAGUCAGACAGUGACGUGUCUGGCCUCGACUCCACACAACAGGACAGGCGUUACCUCUCGAAUGACCCAGCAGACUUUUACAGACGCCUGCAUGCUCACUUUGAAGACACCUGUGCGGAGACCAUUCUGUAAAUGAGACAGACACACAGACAGAAGGUGCCGCGCAUCAUCUCCAUCUCUGUGUCUGGUUUUUUAAAAAUCUCAACUGCUCUUUCGCACUUCAUAGGUUUUUAUCAGAUGUGUCUGUCAGUGUAUUACACAGCAACCUAGAUUUUCACAUACCAUCUUAUCCCAUAGAGACACAAAUAGAGACCUAAAUGUGUUAUUAAUUAUAAACGCAUCGAUCCACUGUGUUAGACAUCAGUAUUGCUGAUUGUUUUUCCCCAUGUACAUUCAAGAGUGAUAGAAAUGCUUUUUUUAAGUUGAGCCCUGAAAAUGUAAUUAAACCAAAUUUAAGAUCCCUU